CGCAACGUGUCCCUGUUCUGUUGACUGGGAAGCCCCGAGCGCGGAGCUGCCAACGCCCGGCGUAAAGACACAAAUAGAGGAUACGAUCUUGAAUGAGUAGCGACGACUGUAAAACACAGCAGCUAUGCAGACCAUCAAGUGUGUUGUCGUCGGGGAUGGUGCGGUGGGUAAAACCUGCCUGCUCAUCUCUUACACGACAAACAAGUUUCCUUCUGAGUAUGUACCUACGGUGUUUGAUAAUUAUGCUGUAACUGUAAUGAUUGGAGGCGAGCCCUACACUCUGGGCUUGUUUGAUACAGCAGGUCAGGAAGACUACGACAGGUUACGACCUUUGAGUUAUCCCCAGACGGAUGUCUUCCUUGUCUGUUUCUCCGUUGUGUCCCCAUCCUCCUUUGAAAACGUCAAAGAAAAGUGGGUUCCAGAGAUUACCCACCAUUGUCCAAAGACCCCCUUCCUGCUAGUCGGGACUCAGAUCGACUUGCGGGAUGACCCAUCCACCAUAGAGAAACUGGCCAAGAACAAGCAGAAGCCCAUCAACCCGGAGACGGCCGAGAAGCUGGCGAGAGACCUAAAGGCUGUGAAAUACGUGGAGUGCUCAGCCCUCACGCAGCGAGGGCUGAAGAAUGUGUUUGACGAAGCUAUCCUAGCUGCCCUAGAGCCUCCUGAGACGCAGAGAAAGAGGAAAUGCUGUAUAUUCUAAUGUCUCUCUCCGUGCCACCGCUCCUCCUCUGAUAGCCAUCUUUCACUCAGUCACCCCAUCUUUCUCAUUUCCUCUUCCAUCUCCCCCUCGAUGUAUUUACACGUGCCGCAUUUGAAACGUCGACCUGCCAGCGCUCCAACUCCAGACCCCAACUCCUCCUCUGCAUUGCAACGUCUCUCUGUCUCACGGCCUGCGUCUCAUUGCUUCGAUGACUUCACUCGUUGCCUUUUCUAACCCUGACAUUCGGUUUGGUUUGUGUUCUCCUCUACGGCGCGUCUUCCCCUGGAGGGAUUUCCAUCUAAAUCCUCACCUCGAGGUGAGCAAUGUGUCAAAUACACUCGAUGUAUUGGAGCUUGAUCCGCGGUGAAGUUCGUGACACUAUAGCGAUAACAUCGAGGACAAAAUGGUCACGUCUUGUUUCUAAGCCGCCGGCUCCAAGACUUGCGUUGGCGUUUCGCAUCCCGCUCUCUCACGCAAAAACAAAUGAGUGAGUCAGGGGGUAGGUUUUUGUUUUGUAUCCAGGAAGCAAGCAACAGGGAAAGACUCGCCAAAGCAAGUCGAUAUGUAUUUAGUUCAGUAAUUGAAGAUGUCAGCCUCCACUUUGAUGAAAAAAGGUCAAACUAGCCCCUGCCUUGUUUAUCCGAAGCAUUACGGCAGGAGCGUAGGCGGUGAACGCAGUUUAUAUAUAUUGUGGCAACCCGGGGGACUUGAAGGUGAGAUUCUGAAUAAAAUCAGGAGAUUCAGAGACGUAGCGCAAAAUAAAGUGUCUUUUUAAUAAAACGUAUAGGAAAAGGGGGGAAUGGGCAUCUAACGGCAACAAAGGAUUCUUCCCGGUCGGGGUCUUCUCUCCUGUUCAGGCUGCUCUCCCCUGAUGCCUUCCAGUGGAGGGUAGAUAUAGUCUGUGUCUCUCAUCAGCUGAUGGGCUGCAGGUGUGACCACUCCCAUGUGCCAAUUGGCUGUAGCACCCUGUGGAUCACUUCCCCCAACCUGAGCUUUGGGAUCCGCCUCCUGUGCCCUGUCUGCUCUGCUUUGCCCCCUGUUCUGCCACAAUAUAUAUAUAUUGUAUAAUGCGGCACAGCCUGAACUUACCCAGUUACCCAACCCUAACUUCACCACUGUAUUAUUCCUAAUUGGCCUCUGGCCAACAGCAGAGUGGUAUGUGACUGAGGAUGUAGGAUGUCAUUUGGGAUGUCGCCGUUGUUUUCGUCAGCCUCUCCCCUCUGUGUUGUAGUCGUAGUCAAUGUGUGGAGGGUUUGGACCAGAAGGAGGGUGGAGACCUCACAUGGCUCCACAACUGAGAUCGAUCUCAACCCCGAGACAGAGCUUCCAUUUUUAAUGCUAAUGUAUAUUUUCUUGUACUACUGUUGAUACUGUUGUACCUUGAUUAACCAGGCUAUGGUUACAUGGAGGGCUUUUAUGUACGUGAGUCAAAUAUAGGGAGUGUUUGGCCGUGUCAGGGGGGUUAAGUUUAUUUUCACUUCCAGUUUUCUUUUUAGGAGUAAGAUUAUGUUACUUCCGGGGCGAGUUGGUCCCCAUCACUGGAACAAUAACCCUGUUGCAUUACACCAAACUACUGGCAGCUGCAGUUAUUCUACAGUGUAUCUGCUGUCAUCUACAACAGCGGUAGUGUAUUACUGUAAAAAUGCAAAGAAUAUACUCUUUACACGAUGAUACCGUCAGCUGUUUGGUGGCCAUUAUGCUCCAUGUUCAAACUACUUCCAUAAACUGAUUUUUAUUUUGACUGUAUAAUGCGUUAAAGUUCUGUGGAUUGUGAUCUUUACAUGAUUAUUAUGCUCUUCUUUCAUCCCUGUUUCCAAGCAUGACAGAAGUCCAUAGCUAAAAUCUUUCUUUCUUACCUAUUUUGGCCCAAACUUUCUUUACAUUUAACUGUGUUGAACACACUGCUGUUAUGAAAGUCCAGAUAAUAAUAAUAAUAAUAAUAAUAAUAACAAGAAGAAGAAUAAUAAAGAAGCUUUAAUUUUGUGAAAUUACCUGUGAAAUAAAUAUUAAAGGACAAAUGAACUUGC